UCAAAAGAGAACAGUGCAAUAUUCGUUCGCUAAAUAUGCUUUUGUCGUGCAGACAAGGCAUUUGUCCAAUCAUAAAAUACAAUUUUAUAAUGUUAAAUAUAAUCUCAAAAUCAUAACUAUUAUUUACCUACAAAAUAUCUUAAAUGAAAAGAAAUAAAUAUGGACUAUACUGUUGCGGAAUUUGAUAUUGUGUCAUGAAGUGUUGACACGUGGUCUCCAUAUUUACCCGGCAAAUCGCACGUGUUCUGCUACUCUGACUACUGAUCAACAUUGAUCAUCCUAUUUAACUAAUCUAAAUACAAUCAUGGCUGAUACAGAGAUUAAAUUAGGAGCAAAAAUAAUUGAAGGUAAAACUAAAGUGGUGUAUGAUAUAUUAGAUCAACCUGGUCGUGUUUUACUUCAAUCUAAAGAUAGAAUAACAGCUGGUGAUGGUGCCAGAUCACAUGAACUAGAAGGCAAGGCAGCAAUAUCAACAUCAACAGCAUGUUCUGUUUUCAAACUUCUCACUGAAGCAGGUAUCAAAACCCAUUUUAUUGGUAAACAUUCUGAUACAGCAUUGAUAACCUACAAAUGUGAUAUGAUACCAAUAGAAUGGGUUACCAGACGAGUUGCUACUGGCUCUUUCAUCAGACGUCAUAAAGGUGUACCUGAAGGUUACAGAUUCUCUCCUCCAAAAUUAGAAACUUUUUUCAAGGAUGAUGAAAACCAUGACCCACAAUGGACCCAUGAAGAAUGUGUGUCUGCUAAGUUAAAGGCGGGAAAUAGAACAAUAGAUGAAGAUGAUAUUGAUAUUAUGGGGAAAAUGACAGUAGCAGUAUUUGAAAUAUUAGAAAGAGCCUGGUCAUCACUGGACUGUAGCUUAAUUGAUAUGAAAAUUGAAUUUGGUGUUCGAACAGACAAUGGAGAAUUAGUAGUAGCUGAUAUUAUAGACAGUGAUUCAUGGAGAUUAUGGCCAGCUGGUGAUAGAAGGUUAAUGAAAGAUAAAGAGGUUUAUAGACAAUUAAAAGAAGUGACAUCAGAAGGCUUAGAAACUGUCAAGAGAAAUUUUCAGUGGGUGGCUGAAAGAGUAGAGAAACUGGUAGUCAAACCAACUGGUAGAGCUGUAGUAUUUAUGGGUUCACCCUCAGAUAAAGAGUAUUGUGAGAAGAUAAGAGAAGCAUGUCAAACCUAUGGUGUACCAUGUCAGCUACGUGUUUCCUCAGCUCAUAAAGGCAGUAAAGAUACUUUACAAAUACUCAGUGAAUAUGAAGGUGAAGGUAUACCAACAGUAUUUAUUGCUGUAGCUGGUAGAAGUAAUGGAUUAGGACCAGUAUUAUCUGGCAAUGCUACAUGGCCUGUUAUAAACUGUCCACCAGUCAAAGCCGACUGGGCAGCUCAAGAUGUCUGGUCUUCUUUACGACUUCCAUCAGGAUUAGGUUGUGCUACAGUUAUAUCACCUGAAGGUGCUGGUCUGAAUGCUGCUCAGAUUCUAGGUUUAUAUGAUCAUGUGAUCUGGAGUAGAUUACGGGCUCGACAAGUCAAUACAAGAAUUGGUUUAAUAGAAGCUGACAAAAAGACAAGAGACGUAAUCUGAGCAUUUCUAAUUGAAUUCCCACAAUCUUAAAUAAAAUCUAUCCUUUCUAACAAAUACUCAACAUGUAUGAAUGUUAUUGUAUUCAUAAUAAUUUGUGAAAUUUCUCUCUAUUCAGUCAGCCAUAAGCUUUAAAAUUUCCAACAUGUUUAUGAUGUCUUGCAAAAUGUAGCUUGUUGCACAACAUGGCCUACUGAGAAUCAAUUUGUUUUUGAAAAUCCCCUUGGCUAUCCUGUUAAGGUGACUCAAAUGGUUUGAGUAUGAACUUAUACACAGUUGAUAACUCUUCAAACUCUGCUGAAAUAUCUGACGAACUCCAUGAACUAACUUCAUUAUCAACAAUACAAUUGAGUCAGAUAUCUUACAAGUUCUACCAUCAUAACCUAAAAGAAUAUGACCACAUGAUUUACAUUUUCUUAAAUGAAUAUCUAUCACUACAUUUUGAAUUCCAUUAAAAUACAUACUAAUGUUUUGUUUGAAUUAUUUUUUGUCAAUUUGUUACUGUAUAAUAUAAACUUUAAUUUUUAGAUAUAACUUCUUUUUUUUUUUUUUCAAUUUUAGUUAUUUAUCCAUUAUAUUUAGAUUGGUGAUCAAAUGAGUUUUUUUAGUGGAGAGCUAAAAUCAGUUCAUUUCUGUGUUGUCAAUUUCAGUAACUUGAAGAAUUGUUAUCCAUAAAAUGUAUAUUCUGU